AUGUCGACUUGUUGGCUUCGCAACAAAAACUUGAACAUGGCGGGCACAGAAGUCAAGACUCUGUCGUCGGCACAGUGUAUACUGCUGACAGUGCACUAUGCCAGCGAGGCCAAUAUCCGGGCUCUGCAUGCCUUCACGCCGCUGCGUCUGGAUGCGCUAUCGCCCGAACUGGUCCUGCGCAUCGUACUGAGUUAUGUGCCAGAGACGGUCGACCCUUCACUAUACACGACAUACGUUCGCGAAGUGGCCACGCGCAUCUACCUGGAGCAGCAGGAGCCCUUGGAUGUAGACACGGCCCCCGUGGCCGCCCUGUCUACCGAACAAGCCCAGAGGCGCGUCAACAAGCUGUCCAUCGCAGACCUCAGUCCGCCAGCCUUCCCUCCUCAUGCGCCCACCGACCUAUUGACUCGUUUCAUCAUCCACCGGGCGAACCGCAUUGACAACGAGACGGGCCUUCUGGCUCUAGUCCCACGCCUAGCAGAACCAUUCCUCGAUACCAACGACUACCUGCGCACCUGGUACGUUUCCGUCGUCUUGCCUCUACUGCGACUCCGCUACGACUACUACCCUGAGAAGAAAGAUCCACCAACACUACCCGCUUUCGAGAAACUGGAUGGCCAGCAAGGUAUCGACCUCUUGCUCGACAACGUGACCAACGUUGAGCAUGAGAUCACCUCAUCUACCGAGUCCGAGGGCGUAGUCGCAAGAGAUACUAGAGCAAUGGUUGGUCCCUGGAUGUAUGGCCACACAGAGCGCAAGAGACGUCGUCUUGACAACAAACAAGAAUCAAACCAUGACGAUCAAAACGUUGUUCGCUCUCCUCCUCGUACUGCCUUUAUCAAACUCGAUGGCGUGUCCAAACAAGACAAGACGGGCCACGAUUGGGAGUAUGUCUUUGAAUGGAUGGUACACAAUGCUGUAAACAACUUUCCGUUAGUGACCAAUCUUAUCGAAGAGUGGGACGGUCCAGGAGAUGUCGAUCUCGGUGGUUUCCAUAAUCCUCAGGAUUAUCUCGACGACGAUACCCAAGCCAAGCUUGAACGUCAGUAUGCACAGGCUGCCUUUGCCAGUUGCUACGCUGCCGAAGCUGAUACUCCAGAAACCAUCGAUGGUGCUCAUGGGAUUCUUGUCCGCCUAGCUCAACUGCUUGAUUUUGAACCUCCUCCGGAACUUGCUACCAGUGUCAAGCAGCUACCCAAGGUCGACAAGCAUGCUGAGCUGUUACACGCCACAGACUCGACCAUAUAUCUCGAGCCAGAUGUCCUCUUACGCCCCGAGCAUCCUCUGGCCACCCCAAGACUCGAGACAUACAUGCUUCUACAGAUGAUGGUCUAUUCGGCAUACCAGCUCAACGGUCUUGGUCACAGCAUCUCUAUACUCAAUGUUGCCAAAUUACGAUUCUUCUCCGGUGAGGAUGAACAACUAAGUCUCUUGCUCAAGAUUGUUCAUGGUCUGGCUGCCAAAGGGAAGCGUGAUGAACAGCAAUGGCAGUACGAUUACGACAGAUUGAUCUGGUUGUGGAACUGGAAUAUUGAGCUCGAAGACCAAGGUCGCAGAGGUGCUGGCAUCNUUGGCCAAAUCGAGAAAACAGCCAUUGAACGCGAGUUGCUCAAGGUGCUAAUCUCAAGUGGAUGUAAGUNNUAUUCACUAAUCGAUCGAUUAUACUUUUCUCCUUCAGACACUCGCCAGAUUGAGUCAAAAGACAUGGAACAAGUUGUCCUCGACCAGGCAAUGCAACUUUACGACAAUGCUAGCAACGGCAACCGAACAAGAGGCAGCAUGAAGAAAGCUCAAGAUCUGUAUGUUGAUCGGAUGGAUGCUUUUUUCUCACCUGUUUCUGACCAAAUGAUAGUANUUACCCACUGCCAGGGUCAAUUUCCUCAAAGUGCCGAAUUCAAGAAAGCUCUGGCCUUGAUCGCCGCUACACACUCCAUGUCUUUCUACUCACUGACGUUGCAGCAUGGCGUUCCUUUCCAACCAGUAAAUAUUCGUGCUAGCUUGGAUCCUCUAUCGCUCCUUCCGAAGCUUCUCGAACAGAAUGCCAACAGCUACACAAAACUUGAUGACCUCAUUGGAAUUGGUCGCAACUUGAUAGCGGCUGGUCUGCCUCUUCGCAAUGCCGAUGGCGACCUCAUCGACAGGAGUUUAGAAACGGACAAUGAUAAGAGGACCAAGCUCUUGGUUGCUGAAAAGAGGGUGAUAUACAUGUGCGUCGAGGCAGCACUCACCGUCGGCGACUUUGAGACUGCAUACUCGUACGUUGUCAACAGACUGGCUCCACAAGACACUAUCCCAUCUUCUACACCAGAUGGUCAAUCAGCAACGCAAGAAGACGAUGUGUCCUGGCGUGCAGCCUUCUUAGCUGGUCGCUACAGGCCGCAGUCGAAUGCUCAGCCUACCCUUCGCCGUCUGGAUCAACGCACCGAACUCCUGAGCUUAGCCCUUCUCCUGGCCCCUCCUGCGUCCUUGUCCGAGGUUCUCAACAUAUGGCGCCGAUGCGAAGAAGAGACCAAUGCCUUGCUCGCCGCCGAGACAGAAGCAGAAGAAGAAUUCGACGACCGCGCAGACAAACGCAUCAGCGUGCCCGGAGGCUUCUCAGAUGUAUCUACAGAAGGCAUGGUAUUUGGCCAACCCCGCCGCGAACUCGGCCGCUCGAAUGCCGAGGCCAGACGAGGCGCCGACGAGGAAGCACCGAUGGGAUUGUUCGAUGUGGCCCGGGGCGCGGCAAAGGCUUUUAGUAGGAAUGCAUUCCCCUUGCGUGGUGCAAGUGCUGCAACAGCAGCUUCGCAGCAGCAGCAAUCCCAGAUGCAUGCACAGCAGCCAACGUCGACCGGUGAGGCAGUGCAUGAAGGCAUGGACGAUGCUGGCAGAGUGCGCAGGCGAGACAUGAUCGCAAACACCGUGACGGGUGGUCUGGCGUCUGGAAUUGGAUGGAUGCUGGGUGCCACUCCAGUGGAUAGGAGUGCAGAUGAUCGGCGAUGA